GCGUUCCGGACGACUUCGACAACCCCGACUCUUCGACAACACCUUUUACACGACCGCCCUUGGAGUUAGUCGACCGUGAGUUCUAUUCUGCUAUAUUCAGUGAACAGAGAUUUUCCGAUUUUUACGCUCGUUACGCUGUUACGCUGUUUCGCUGUUUCUGAACACCCGCUGAGACUUUUUGUGUUGUGCGUUAUAGGAAGCCCUUCGCCAUGGCCGAUAUCGACGUGAAGAUUGCUCAAUGGAAGCUGGUUGAGGUUGGCCGUGUGGUGCUCAUCCGCCGCGGUCCCUUCACCGGCAAGCUCGCCGUUAUUGUUGAGAUUGUCGACCACCGCCGUGUCCUGGUUGACGGUCCCUCCAACGAGGAGCAGAAGAUCGUCCCCCGUCACGUCCUUCCCCUCGCCAACGCUACCCUCACCCACUUCACCAUCCCCAAGCUCCCCCGUGCCGCCGGUACUGGUCCCGUCAAGAAGCUCUGGGCGAACAACGAGAUCGACGCCAAGUGGGCUAAGAGCAACUACGCUCAGAAGACCGAGGGUGCCGACCGGAGGAAGAACCUGACCGACUUUGAGCGCUUCAAGGUCCUCCGCCUGAGAAAGCAGGCUCGUUACGAGGUCCAGAAGUCUCUCGCUAAGGCCAAGGCGGCUGCUCCUAAGGCAUAAAUGGUUUCAUGAGGCUCGGUGCAAGUGUUAGGGGAUCCCUGGGACGGUUUUUCCUUUUGCUGAGGGUUUUUUCUUUUAAUUCAGCAAAAAUGCUGUAUGCAUAUUAUUGACAGCAAAAAAGAAUGAUUCAAAACUUGAUAUCCCGUGUCCGAUCGACCGUGUUCUUGCAUCUAGACCAAUCUGGAGAUGCUACAAUUUUUUUUAUCUCUGCUACUAUCUUUACAUAGACUGGGGUAUGGAACCGCGUUCGGUUGAGCAGUUGAGCAGCUAUUCCGUAUAGUUC